AUGGCCACAGGCGGUUUAGCGAUACUGCUGUCCCCGAAGAAUCAACCACACACCUUCACGGGCCUCGAGACCAUUGGCAAAGUCGUCUACAUCUGCGACCUGUUGAUCUUCACGCUCAUCGCCUCGGCCAUCACAUACCGGUUUAUUCGAUGGCCCGGAACUCUCAAAGCGAGCCUGGUUCAUCCGACCGAGUCUCUCUUCUUUGGCACGUCCUUCCUCUCGCUUGCUGGCAUCAUUGCCGGCAUGGCUCUGUACGGCAUCGAGCACACCGGCCUUUGGCUGGUGGUGACCUUCCGCGUUCUUUUCUGGCUGUAUUUCGCCUGCACAUUCAUUGCUGCCGUCGGACUGUAUUGCAUGCUCUUCACCAACCCUCGACUAAAGAUCCAAGACAUGACCCCCGCUUGGGAUCUACCCAUGUUUCCCUUUAUGCUUAGCGGCACCAUAGCCGCGUCGGGCAUCGAAUUCCAGCCUCGCGCCGCCGCCAUGCCGAUGCUCUUCGCGGGGCUGACGGCUCAAGGCCUGGGCAUGCUCAUCUCCAUGGGCAUGUACGCCAGCUACGUCCGACGGAUGAUCAACUACGGAUUUCCCUCGCCAGAGUCGCGCCCGGGGAUGUUUAUCGCUGUCGGUCCACCGAGCUUCACGGCGCUGGCCAUCAUCGGACUCGCGGACCACUGGCCGCGCGGGUACGACUACUUUGGGCCGGACGACAUCACGGCGCAGGUGGUGCGGAUCCUGGCGCUGAUGACGGCCGUCUUCGUCUGGAGCCUGUCGCUGUGGUUCUGGGCCAUCAGCGUGGUCAGCUGCCUGGCCGUCUACCGCACGUUCCGCUUCCACCUGAACUGGUGGGCCUUUGUCUUCCCCAACGUCGGCUUCACCCUCGCCACCAUCAACAUCGGUAAGACCCUGCGCAGCGACGCCAUCACGUGGGUCGGCUCCGUCAUGACCGUCCUCAUGGUCUUCCUGUACUUUUUCGUCCUGUGCCACCACGUCCGCGCCGUCUGGCGCAAGGACGUCCUCUACGCCGGCAAGGACGAGGACCACUACCACAAGGAGCGCAUGGCCAAGAUUGAGCGCCUCGGCGGCGACCCGGAGAAAUGUACCUGUGCCGUCACCGGUGGCAGGUGA